CGGUCGUCGCCCGAUCACUGCAUGCACUGCGCACUCCAUCUCCAUCUUCUCCAGAAAACAAGAAAAAAUUAAGCUCGGUCGCAGCCUCUACUUUUUUUUUUUUGAGAAUUUAUCGCAGCCUCUACUGUGCUGGUUCAUGUGACCGAUUCUCCGUCCCCGGCCCGGCCGGGGCCCGAUUGGCUCAUCCAGGCUCGCACGGCUACGAUAUACCGAUACCUACCUAUAGCUAGCUACGAGUUGUAGCUGGUGAUAUGCAUCACCCUGGCCUUCUCCUCCAUUCUUUCAGAGAGAGAGAGAGAGAGAGAGAGAGAGAGAGAGAGAGAGAUUGGUUCAUCCCUCAGUUCAGUUCAUACCGGAUCGAGCUAGCUAGAAGCAGAGAGAUGGCGUCGAGCGGCGGCGGCAACAACGGAGGAGGAAACGAGUGGCUGAUCAGGGAGGCGCUGCUGGCUCCGGCAGGCAACGGCAACGGUAGCGGCGGCAAGGUGGAGGUGGCGGACCUGGAGGAGAUCCGGAGCGUGCGGGCGUUCCUGCGGCACGCGGCGGAGGAGAACCGGCGGCUCUGGUACCUGGCGGGCCCCGCCAUCUUCACGUCCAUCGCGCAGUACUCGCUCGGCGCCGUCACGCUCGUCUUCGCCGGCCACCUCACCACGCUCGAGCUCGACGCCGUCUCCACCGAGAACAACGUCGUCGCCGGGCUCGCCUUCGGCAUCAUGCUUGGGAUGGGUAGCGCGCUGGAGACGCUGUGCGGGCAGGCGUACGGCGCGAAGCAGCUGCACAUGCUGGGCGUGUACCUGCAGCGCUCGUGGAUCAUCCUCGCCGCCAUGGCCGUGCUCAUGCUCCCCAUCUACCUCUUCGCCACCCCGAUCCUGGGCUUCUUCCACCAGGACGCCGAGAUCGCCGCCCUCGCGGGCCGGCUCGCGCUCUACAUGAUCCCGCAGCUCUUCGCCUACGCCUUCAACUUCCCCAUCCAGAAGUUCCUGCAGGCGCAGAGCAAGGUCAUGGCCAUGGCCGCCGUCUCCGCCGUCGGGCUCGCGUUCCACGUCGCGCUCAGCUGGCUCCUCGUGGGGCCCAUGCGGAUGGGGCUCGCCGGCCUCGCCCUCGCUCUCAACGCGUCCUGGUGGCUCGUCGUGCUCGGCCAGCUCGCCUACAUCCUCAUGGGCUACUGCCCCGGCGCGUGGAACGGAUUCGACUGGCUCGCCUUCUCCGACCUCGUCGGCUUCGCGCGCCUCUCCCUCGGAUCCGCCGUCAUGCUCUGCCUCGAGUUCUGGUUCUACAUGUUCCUCAUCGUCAUCGUCGGCAACCUGGAGAACGCUCAGGUCGCCGUUGCGGCAGUCUCCAUCUGCACCAACCUUUUCGGAUGGCAGAUCAUGGUGUUCUUCGGGUUCAACGCCGCCAUCAGCGUGCGGGUGUCCAACGAGCUGGGCGCCGGGCGGCCCCGCGCCGCCAAGUUCGCCAUCCUGGUGGUGCUCAUGUCGUCGGUGGCCAUCGGGCUGGCAUUCUUCGCCGCCGUGCUGGCGCUCCGCGACGUCUACGGCGCGCCCUUCACGGAGAGCCCCGCCGUGGUGCGCGCCGUGGCGAGCCUCGGCGUCGUGUUCGCCUUCACGCUGCUGCUCAACAGCGUGCAGCCGGUGCUGUCGGGCGUCGCCGUCGGCGUCGGGUGGCAGUGGUUGGUGGCCUACAUCAACCUCGGCUGCUACUACCUCGUCGGCAUCCCCGUCGGGUACCUCAUCGCCUUCCCGCUGCGCGGCGGGGUGCGGGGCAUGUGGGGCGGCAUGCUCGCCGGCGUCGGCCUGCAGACCGUGAUCCUGGUGGCCAUGAUGCUGCGCACCGACUGGGGCAAGGAGGCCAGGGAGGCCGUGUCCAGGAUACGGAAAUGGGGCGGGUCGGCCGCCGCCAAGGCUCCGGAUCAUCACUGAGGAAGAUGGGCGGCUCUUCCUCUUCAUCUUGUGUGUGCUUGUGAGGUCCUCCUCCUCCGGCGCCGCCUCCCCGUUGAUUGGAUUGUGUGCCUCCUGCACCUAGCUGCAGGUCGUGUUUGUGCUGCUCUGCUUAUAUUGGAUUAUUAUUGGAGGUGUAUGUUACUAGUAUUUUUGUUCAUAGGAAAACAUAUUAGUUACAAGCAUUGUUUUUCAUAAGCACGCCUGGGGGGCAACCCGAUGAUGCCUCUCUCAUUAUUCCCAAUACCAUUAAGGUCCCAUUUGGCAUGGAUUCAAAUUUCUCAAGAAAAAAAUUUAAUUUUGAGA